AUGAAGCACAAAAUAAUAAUCAGAGCCAAGACAGUUCUAACUACGCUGUCUCCGGCAGUAAUCUAACACCUGAUUUGCUAAAUUUAUCCUUAUCACGAAACGACAGUGAUAUUAGUAUGCCCGAUAUAGGAG